UUAAAAAAAAAGAAGAGAAACAAAGAAAAGAAAAAAAUAUGUGAAAAAGAAGUCGCCCCUGCCCCUGCGUCUCUUUGUUUUCCCGUACAAUAGUAUCCCCUUUUUAAUACUUUGUUUACCACUUAAUUAAACUUUAUUUACCUGCUCUUUUCUGUUAAUAUCAUUCCUUUACGUUCUUACUAGUGAGAUUUUAUUAUACUGUGCGCUCUCUCUCUCUCCCCCUGUUCCUCUCUGCGUGGGCUUUGUCACUUUGUUCGUGUAUUUAUUAUUCCCUUCUUCGCUCCAUGCUCUGUUGCUCUAAACAUCAAACUAGAUGUCCCUAUGCAGCUAAAUCUGAUCUGGGAGCGGAUUAAACGGCGCAAGAUGGCAUUUUGGAAGAUGAGCAUCUCAUGCUUCGAUGAUCGAUGGCAUCAAGAUUAUUGCGGACGGUGGAUGUUUCGUUGAAUGCUCCUUCUUCUGGAGUAGAGAAGGGGAUUUUGUGCAGAAAAGGCAGUACUCUUUCUUCCCAUUUGUUUUGCGUUUAGAGAACAUGGGAUUCUUGAGCAUCAUGGGCAAUUCCCUUGGAUGUUCGGCUUCCGGAGAGCGGCUAGUCUCGGCCGCGAGAGAUGGAGACCUUCAGGAAGCCAAGGCCCUCUUGGAUUACAAUCCCCGCCUCGCCAAGUAUUCCACAUUCGGUGGGCGGAAUUCUCCUCUCCAUUACUCUGCAGCAAAGGGCCACCAUGAGAUGGUUUCUCUCUUGAUUGAAUCUGGUGUUGACGUUAAUCUGAGGAAUUCUCGUGGCCAGACAGCUCUGAUGCAAGCUUGUCUGUAUGGUCACUGGGAGGUUGUUCAAAUUCUAAUGCUUUUCAAAGCCAAUAUUCACAGGAUGGAUUAUCUCAGUGGUGGAACAGCUCUCCACUUUGCAGCUCUUAAUGGUCAUGCUCGCUGUAUUCGGCUCCUCCUUGCUGAUUAUGUACCCAGCACACCUGAUUUUUGGAAUAUUGUAAGGAGGAGAUUGACCAAUGAAGCUUCAAUAACCUUUGAUGAGGUCUUUAGUGCUCUAUCUAAGAUGCUGAACAGAAGAGCUGAUGGAGGCAUCACCGCGCUUCAUAUGGCAGCACUAAAUGGACAUGUUGAGAGUGUGCAGUUACUCUUGGACUUGGGAGCUUGUGUUUCUGAGGUCACUGUGGAAGAUGGGACAACAAUUGAUCUGAUAGGAGCAGGAAGCACGCCCCUUCACUAUGCAGCUUGUGGUGGAAAUGCAGUAUGUUGUCAAAUUCUUAUUGCAAGAGGAGCCAGCUUGACUGCUAAAAAUGCAAAUGGUUGGACUCCCUUGAUGGUGGCUCGUUCAUGGCACAAAAACUGGCUUGAGGGUAUUCUGAGUAAACAGCCAGAAGGUCGAACGCGUGUUCUUCCUUCCCCAUAUCUUGCUCUUCCUCUUAUGAGCAUGGUGAGAAUUGCUCGAGAAUGUGGAUGGAGGAAGACCUACCAGUCACCUGCAUGCGUUGAUCCAUGUGUGAUUUGUUUGGAAUCGAGAUGUACAGUGGCUGCAGAGGGUUGCGCUCAUGAGUUCUGCACCAGAUGUGCACUGUACUUGUGUUCCACCGGUAGCAUCUCAACAGUUAAGCGAGGCCCCCCUGGCUCGAUAGCUUGCCCUCUCUGCCGGCAUGCCAUUUUCUCCUUUGUCAAGCUCCCAGAACCCAGCCUGACCCAGGAGCUGCCAAAGGUAAGCCUGCCUUUGUCCAUAUGCACCACCGGUUCAGGCUCAAGCUUGGAGUCUGCCACCUCGAUGGCCACCGAGCUAUGCAAGCCCAAGAUCCACUGCAGCCGGACUCCUUUGGGCUCUUCUUCCUUUCGAUCACGCAACCUCCAGAAGUUCCCGUCCAUGAAACUCAACUCCGCACUCUGCAUGGAAGCCUCGGAGACAAGACCAUGCCUUGUCAGGCGCCCAAGGUCAGGAUUAAAACGAUCUGCUUCCUACUUGGAUGGUCGACGCAGACCAUGGCUCUUUUCUUUUAACCAAUAUCUGAGUAGCUCUGGUGACAGCUAAAAAGUUCUCUGGUCUCAGAGUCUCUAUUUGUUCAUUUCAUUCUUUUUUCCUUUUUCCGUACUUGGUUUUUGUAUCUUGUGCUAAGAUACCGAUCAAGCUGGUCUUGAUAUGUUGUUAGGUUGUAAACAUAGAGGAACCAUAAACUCUUGCAAUAUUAUCUACGUAUAUACUUUUUCUUUUA